GAGGGGGCAGCAGGCGCAGACAUCAGCCUCAGCGGUGCCGAGAAAGCAAAUCGAAACUCUUCAAUGAGUUCACCUUCAGAUAAAUAGUUUGUCCCUUUCUUCUCUUCGCCGCAGACUCUAAUUUAACCCUCGGGGUGUGUUGACAAAAUGAAUGGCUCCCUGCACUCCUCGUCCAACGUGGUGGUCAUUGGACUGAAGCGAGGACCGGCGGGUAAGACGGCCGACGGUCCGGACGUGAAGCUAGCUCAUUAGCUCUGUAUGCUAAAGUGCUACGUAGCAGCGAAAAUGAAGCUAAGGGCAGAUUUUAAAACCCAAACUAACCAAAACUAGCCAGAUAUCAGGGGGUUAGGUGGGUUUUUGAGGAGUAAUGACAGAGGUAAUCAUGCUUAGAUAAAUACUUCAACUCUAACUACUCUGUUAAAUGUUAAAAUAGUCAGUUUAUGGACUUUGUGAAGUAGUUUUAACACGUUUUAAACUAACUGGGCCUGUUAUAUAGUCACUCAUUACAGACGGAGUUUUAGGAUUACUCUGCUUUAUUAUAGAAACAUGAGUGCUUUACACUUUGUUAUGUAAGAUUUUAGGAGGACUGCACUGUAACAUGAAUCAUCCUGAACUUUGAUCCAUACAGAUAAAUGUUAUAGGACCCUGUAAACAAAGGUGAAUAUUGAAUUUUCUUUAUCUGAUUAAAAACUCUGUUUUUUUGGGUCUUUUUACAGGUUUGGGGUUCAACAUAGUUGGGGGUGUGGACCAGCAGUAUGUGGUGAAUGACAGCGGCAUAUAUGUGUGCAAAAUUAAAGAAGAUGGAGCUGCAGCUUUGGAUGGGAGACUGCAGGAGGGGGACAAGAUCCUGGCGGUAAUCAAUACAGAUUUGAUCAGAGUUUAUGUCCUGUGGGGGUUUUAUUCAGUUUAUUUCAUUUGGCUGUCUCAAAAGUUGUUUUCUGAACAUCUUAGGACACCCCCUCCAGAGAUGAAUGUUGCCGACCGCUUAUUUCUCUCGUUAUACCAACUUUAGUAACGACCGCAGGAUAGAAAUACAGAGAACUCCCAAAAAAACAUAGCCACAAAUCAUGCUCAGAACAGCACCUAACUUCAACAACAGGACAUAUAGGGUCACAGACAUAGUACUGUAUUCAGAGUUGUUCUAACUCCUAAGAAAACAAACUUCAGCAGGGGCGUUUCUCCACCUCUAACACCUAAGGUGUUUUUAUUGAGCCGAAUUAUCAAUAAAAUCAUGAUUUUGUUAACAGGUAUGGAUAUAUGUGCUGUAGAGUUACUAUAUUUGAACAAGAGCACAGUAAAGUUAAAUCAGCUAAUUUUCCAAUGAGGUUCUGUUACUGAACGGAACUACACCAUGUUCUACUCAGGUUAGUACAAAUAGGGUCCCAGCCAUAGUACUAGACACCAAACAUCUUUUUAACUUUGACUCAUUUCUUUAGCAAAGAGACAACUCACACCUACUCUCUUCCAGCAGCCGCUUGUUUGUAGAGAGACCUCAGGCCAGUCCAUUACAGACUACAACGGGGUGACACAGCUCAAGGAAGAACAUUUAUGAUCCUUUCUUUAUCAUUUCCUUGAAGUAAUAAUCACCAUAUUAAUCAUUUUUCACUGCGGACGUGGUAGUUCUUCGGCCUUAGCGUCUCAGUCUGAUUGUAUUUCCAUGAAGAAAUGAUCAUAAAUGUUCUUCCUUGAGCUGCGGCACCCCGCUGUCGUCUUCCUUGAAGGUCUUCCCACAAAAAGUCCUUGUCUGGAUGGCAGCAGAUGUUGCUUCAAACCUGGAGAUAUUGUUUCAAACUGAGAAUACAGCAUCUAUGAUUUCCAGUUCUUUGUUGAAAGGACAAUUGGACUUAAGGCAAAACGUCUCAACUAACUCCACUUGUCCUUUCCAGAAGAAGGUCAGAUUUUAAUCCUUGAGUCUACUUUAAAGGGACUCAGAUCCAGGUGAUUUUGAGUCCAUGUAGAAUUAUUAUUUUUAUCAUUAUUAUUAUGAUUAUUAUUAUUAUUAUUAUUGUUAUAUACUGUCGAUGAUGGAUGUAUUAAGGAUUUACUGUAAUAAAACUAUAACAAGAAUGGAAAUAAAUAACCCUUUUUGAUAAAACUGUGCAGAUAAACGGAGUUCAGCUGGAGGAUCGGACACAUAAAGACGUGGUGGAGUUGUUCAGGACGGCGGGGGAGGACGUGGAGCUCCGUGUGCUGAAAAAGGUGAGAGUCCUGAGGCUUUUAAACGACCUCCUCCUCCUCCUCUUCUUCAUCUUCUUCUUCUAUAUCUUACUGAAAUGUCUGAACAGUCCUCUCUGUAUUUGUCGCUAUCAAACUCAUAAUCCUACAUUAUUCCACUCAGCUGAUCCCUUCUUAAUUAAAACGUAUUUAAACUAAUUAAAAUGAGAGUUUGCUGACUGUGUGGCAGCUGAGAACAAAUAUCAGGAAGUGUCUGUCAGUCAGAGAAAGUGGAGACGGAUGUUGCCUGACAUUACCUCCAUUCACAAGUGGAACAAAGUUCAACGUUUACGACUCGGAGAAAGAGCUGAGCUUAAAGAGCUGCACAUGGACUCCUGUUUACUGAAUGUUGUGUUUCUUAGUUUUCAUCAGUAUUUGUUUUAAAACUUAACAGGAAUUUUAAAGUAAGUCAAAGUACGGAUGAAUAUUUCCUCUUUACGUAAAAGAGCUUUCAUGUUUUUAUCACAAAGCAAGUUUUUAAAGUCUGAAAUUUCAAGUUUAUUUUGGAGACACUUCUGGAUUUUUAAGAAUUUCUCUGUUACUUUCACAGCUUUAAGUUUUACCUGCUUAUAACACCAACUAAAGGUUUUAUUCAGAUAAAAACUCAGACUAGAUUACCUGAUCAAAUCAAAGUUUGUGAUUUUUUUUACGUUUGAGCACCACAAUCUCUGGAUUUUAUCUGAACGAUGAUUGGAUUACCUGAUCUAAUCUAUCUCUUUAUUUGUAUUUCAUUCAGACAACCUGGUUUUACAGAUUAAAUCCAAACAGAUAGAUUAAUCUGACCAGGAGAGAGGCUGUAGUGAGCUGACGCAGUAACAAGCUCAAAGUGAGAGACAUCGUUCUGAAUCAUAAUAAACUCAAGAGCUGAAGUGUUGACAUGAAAAAUUAGGUUUUAUAAAAGCUUGAAAAGACUAAAAGAGCUCAAUCUUUUACGUUUUAACGACACGGUGUGAACAUAUUUCUCUAUGAGCUCUUUAAGUGAUUUCUUUCUCUCUGUCUCGCAGUUGUCCCGUCACAUGAACGGUCCCACCGGCCCUCGACCCGAGCAGGAAUCCCCCGUGUCUUCUCUGGGAAUACUCGCCGCGUUAGCCGGAGCUGCUGCGCUCGUCGCGUUCAUCUACGUGCGGCACCUCAGGAAGCACUUUUAACCAUCAGACGUCUGUUUGUUAUUUUUCCAGAUCAAAAACUUUGCUAAAGGCCAAAGAGGUGAACGAGGGAACAAACCCCAACACAGUAGAUGUUCUGUCUUUAUUUUUUUUUUUUGAUUGGUAGGUGCGUUUGUCAUCGAUGAGUUUCUCCAAGUUCAUGUGAUUCAUGGUAGCUCGCUUCUAUGCAAAAAAAGACGCUCUCUCUCUCAGCACAGAGACGCUUUAGUUUGAGGUAACUUUGUGAACUUUGUAGGGAGAUGAAUGUACUCGAGACAUUCCUGCUGCCGGGCUGAGCUCAGGCAGAAACAAGCCGAUACAGAGAAGACUGUCGAAUCUCCGAAAGUCGGGUCAGAUCUCAGUUUAUCGCUCUUAAAAUUAAAGUCAGCUGGUUGAUUUUCAUUUUGCACAGUUGUACAGAAUCAGACAGGAGCAGUUAGUAAGAUGAAUUGUGUAACUGACUGAGUGCCUUAAAUAGAAAUGAUGGUGUCCAGGUCUUAUUAGCUCUUUCUCAGGCUAGCUCUUAACGUAAAAAAAGGAAACUAAAGGAUGUGGCUGCUGAUGUUUCGUCUUCUCCUGUCAACAAAUCUUGUUUGUCUGUCUUCAAGAAAAAAAUCAUAAAUUAAUUGUCAAAUAACGUCUGAGAAACGUCUCGUCAGUGUGGGUAGAAAUGGUGCGUGUGUGAGGGUGUAGUUUUGUCUUUUUAAGCUACAGCACCUGAAAUGAAAUAAGAUGCCGGCAUCAAAGUGGCUCCUCUUCGUCGUCGUUCUGUCAUCGUUGGUUUUGGUCUGUUUCUGUUUGGAUUUGUUGACAAAGAGGGACGUUUACAUCGCCUGAUUUUUACUCUUAAAGGACCAGUGUGCUAAAAAAAAAAGAAGAGAAGAAUACCAAACAUUUCUUUAAAUAUAAAUAUCUUUUGAAAAUAUGAAGCUUUUUUAUCUAAUCCAACAAUGAGCCUUUACGUCUCCAGAAAGGAAAAAGCCUUUUUCAGUGAGUCCGACAUGUUUCUACGGCAGCCCAGAAAGGACAAACCGAGCUGAGGCUGCAAAGAUGUUAUUUUAGCUUGAACAAAAAACGGAAGCGAAGUUUUCCACAUAAAAUAAUCAUCGAUCCUAACUUUGGCUGAAAGUUUGCAGGGCAGAGUCAAUGCUACGGAAGCCCAAAGUGGUCAUAAAUCUAUGCAUUUUGUUUAAUCUGUUCUAUGAUUAGUUCAGGCUAUUUCUUGGGAUUUACACUUAUUUGUCACAAUGCUUGUUUUACUGUAAAAUUUCAACCAUUUUCUUGACACCUCAAUGAAUUUAUUUAAUAUUUCCAGAAAAACUGACUUUAUAGACACACAGGAGACUUAAUCAGGUUAGAUUGAGAAGAGGGGUCGGAAGGGGGGAGGUGGUGAAGUUUACUCAUCUGUUUACUUCCUUGUGAGACUUUAAACCCAGACACAGCUGUUUUGUUUCUGACACAUCUUUAAAAGUUUGUUUUCAGUCGUUUGCAGCCAACCGAAGAACCUGUUUUUGACCUGAAAACCGCAGCUGCAGUUAUCAGUCAGUUGCAUUCUAAAACUUCACCCCUAGAUGGCACUAAAUCUCACACACUGCUCCUUCAGAGAGAAAUACAGUUUGACCAAGUAUCACAGAUUGUGUUCCCUUUUGAGAAGUUUAUUAUAACGCAUAAAAAUAAAAAGUCACUCAGGUGGAGAUGUUGAACCCAUGUUAUUAAAAAAAUCAUUCCUGAGCGUGAGGUCGUGUCGUGGGCAGCUCGUUUCCUAACGUUCAGUCAGGGCUGAAGGUGCUGCCGUGUUUGAGCCGAGCGUUGUUGCCAUUUUUAACAUUCGCACCUUCUGCUGAGUUGUUGUCUCGUGGGGUGACUGUGAAAAUAAGUGUAUGAUUUGGGAGGAGAGAUGAGUUCUUAUUGGUGUGAAGGAUUUAUACUGAAAAGCAGCUCAAACUGGCUCACUUUAAAGAGGAUGGGUUUCUGUCAACAGCUUCAAAUGUUUGUUUUUGCACUAGCCACAAUCAUGGAACUCCUCCAGUAACGGCCUUAGAGCAGGUGAAUCAGUGAUUUAUGUGCGCCGGGUGUGUUUGUCUGUAGAGCGUCUAUCACACAGACCCAUCUGACUGUCUGUGACUCUUAUCGUCUGUAAAUACAUUUCAUAUCACUGCUGAGUGGGAUUGUGAAUAUGUGCAGUAUGCCAGAAAUGUUGAUCAGAAGCACUAAUAAAUUAUACAAUUGCUGUGUGUUUUACAUCCAGGCACCUACUGUAAUAAAAUUCAUGUUGAAUUCAGCUCUUUGGUCUUUGUGUGUUUAUUUUAACCUGAAACAAUAUACUCACCAUCACUUAAAUAACG